CUGGUGCGGUGCGUUGGCUUCCUUCGGCAGUGUGGAGCUUGAGUCCAACACAAGAAGCGGCAGCAGUGACCAGCGAUGGACGGAGGAGGUGAACUUGCACGUCUGAGGGCGGAGGUAGCCUCGAAGGAUGACACACUGAACCAGCUCAAGGUCAAGGCCAAGGCAUUCGCAGAGGCUCUCACCAACGACAAAAAGUCUCUCGAAGCGCAGCUCAUGCAGUCUCGGAACGAAAUGAACGAGCUCAAAACCAAAGCCAAAGCGUUUGCGGACAACGUCAAGACGCAGAUCCUUGUUGAAAAGGAGCGCGUGCAACUUCUAGAGAAACAACUGCAUGCCAAGGACAUUGAGUUGCUACAACAGCAGCAGCAGCAUGCAACUGCGGCAACACCGCCACUGAACGAAGGGGACGCGGUGACGUAUCAAUGGAAGGCGCAAGUGGACCAGCUAACCGUCCAACUCGCGACAGACCGCCAAGUUCACGCUGAACGAGUGAGCCAACUAGAACAACUAGCGCAGCAACGCAUGGCGGAGAAGGCGACUCUCGAGCAAAAACUUCAGCAAUUGCAGUGGCAGCAUACGCAAGACAGCGCCCAACACGAACAAAGUAUGCACGACCAAGUGGCAACCUUGCGCCAGGAGAACCAAGAAAGCGCUCGCCAAGUGCAGAGCGUGGUGCUGGCACUUCAGGCGCUCACGUUGUCGAAUGGGACGAACGUGGAAGCGCUGGUGGCCGCGGCGCGAGAUGCAUGGCAGGCCAAGGACGCCCAGGUGCGCGCGCUCGAGCAUACUGUGGCCAGCUUGGAAGAUGAGAAGAACCUCACGCGCACCAACUCGGCGUCGCUGUCAGACAAAUACCGAGGGGACAUUGUGGUGCUUGAAGGCGUGCGGGAUCAACUUGAGGCGGACCUGGCGUCGUUGAAGGCUGAUGGUGUGGUGUUGCGGUCCGAUUGUGCUGCGAAGGACGUGGAGUGCACGAACCUCCGCGCCCAAUUGGCCCAAGCGACGGCCGACGUCGACGUCAAAGCCGCAGAAGUGACACAGGUCCGAGAGGCGUUGGCUAUCGAAGGCCGCAAUGCAGCGACAGAGUGCGCGAACUUGCGCGGUCAAGUGGAAGCAUUGGCGAGCCAAGUCCGCGAACUUGACAUGGAACUGCAGCACGCGAAAUCCAACCACGCCAGUCAGUCCAGCGGGCUGGCGGCCGCGCAGGCACUGGCACUGGAAGAAUCGGCGCGCGAAUGGAAAGCGAAGGAAGCUGCGUGGAACGUGGCGAAGCUCGAGAUGCAGGCCGCACAUGACAAGUUUGUCAGGGACGAAGAAGAAAAGAAGGUCAAGGUGAAGACGUACAUUCAAAAUUUGACCGCCGACAAGCAAAAAGCGCUGGAGGACGUGGACAAGCAAGUCAAGGAGCGGGAUUUGGCGCAUGAGAAGCGCCUGGUGGAUAUCAAAGCCAAGACGAUGGCCAAGUUUGCUGAGCAUGAAGCGGUGAUCAAGAAGGGCCACGAAGAUUUGGAAGCGUUGCGCAGUCAGAUGGUUAAAGCGCAGCAGGCGUACGAGGCAGAGAUCAAGAGUUUGCAGGCCAAGAAGAAAGAAGCCGAGGACGAAACGAUGGAAGUGCUCAAGAAGAAGCGACUGGCGGCGAAAGCAGAGACCCAAAAGCUUGCGAAUGACUUGGAAGGUGUGCAGAAGCGGGCCGCCAUGCUCGUGGACGUGACAGGCAACAAGUGCACGCAUCAAUCCAAGCAGCUCGAAGUUCUGCAGGAGCGAGUUCUCGAGGCCAUCCAUGUUGUGAGCCACCACAAGAAAUGCGACUUGACCACGUUGAACGACCUGGCGCAAAUCGUCACGUCGCCACGGAUGAGCGCGGGCAACCUGCCCGGCCCCGCGCUCGGACUGAAUAAGAUCGACGAAGAUGUGAGCCACGUGUUCGACCAGAUGGCCGCCUUGACCAACGUCACGGAGCGCCUCGUGGACUUGACGCUGGAGGAAAGUGACUUGUCGUUGAAGGAGAUCGUGGUCGAUCGUAUGAAGAAACAGUUCUCGGCUUGCUUUGUGCAUCAAUAUGCCAAGUCAGACGAAGAUGGACUGCUCCAUCAACGCACUAGCUCCACGAUGCCUGAAUCUCCCUCGUUGUAGACGAUUCUUAACAUGCUUAUCUAUCUCCGCCGCCUACUUCGUCAAUGUUCAC